AUAGGCUACUAACUGCGCAUGCGUGUGUUAUCAUGGUAGCUUUGGAUGUUCCAGCUGGGGAAGUUGUGAGAAUAUCAACGUAGCAAAGUUUUAGUGGCACAAAUGGGUCUUUAACGCUAAAGUGAUUAUACUUUAGAAACUCUUCACAGAGAGUUCAUAACACACACAGUGAAGGAGAAUCAUGACAGCGAACGAGGAUCAAGAGAUGGAGCUGGAGGCUCUUCGCUCCAUCUAUGAGGGGGACGAGUGUUUCAAGGAGAUCGGCCCUGUCUCCUUUCAAUUCAGGAUAGGAGACCUCGAGGACACAAAAGCCUUUCUAAUGGACGUCACAUGGACGGAGACUUACCCUGAGACGUCCCCACAAAUAUCCUUAGAUGCCUUUUUCAACAACAGAAUCUCUGCAGAGACGAAGCAGCUCAUCCUGUCCAAGCUGGAGGAGCAGGUGGAGGCGAACCUGGGCACUGCCAUGAUGUACACUCUGUUUGAGUGGGCCAAGGAGAACCAGGAGGUUCUGAUGGAGAACCACAAACCUGUCACUGCGACGUUGAUAUCCAGCGGUGACGGCUCGUCUGAUGCCUCCACGGCCAAGAAGAAGGAGAGGAAGGAGCAGCUGACCAAAGCUCAGAAGAGGAGGAUCAUCAACAGGACAGAUCACAAAGGUGAACUGCCAAGAGGUUGGAACUGGGUGGAUGUGAUUAAACAUUUGAGUAAAACAGGAGGAAAAGACGACGAGUAGCUCUGACGGCUGUGACCUGCUGCUGCAUGAUGGACUGGACUUUGUGCAGCCCGUUGACGCUGCAGCUCCGUCUUGACGCCUUCACUUCCUUCAACAUUAACACUCAACAUGUCCGCUCCCACCCUGAGGAGAGAAGCAGACAUCACUGGAGGACCUCUCUGUUUCUGUGUGAAGAUGAGAACUUGUCACCACGUUCUCCGUUACAGAACCGCUCAGUCAUCCUCAGGGUGGAGUGUGUCUGAGAGACUUGCUGUCACUGCCGUGUUUUCAGGCCCGCUGCCCGGCUGCAGAGCUGUGAAUGUCAGCUGAUGUUUUAGUAAAGGAUGUGUCAAAGUGUCAGGUAGCUUCCUGCUGUUACUUUAAGGUAUCAUGUGAAAGCAGAGGAAUUUUUAAAACACACAAAAUGUUACAACUUUCACCCGAUUCUUAUUUUGGCAAAUGUUUGAUUUAAUGUAAAAAUGACAAAAAAAAACCACAACAUUUUUAUAUUGAAAUAAAAACAGAUUGGGGCCAAAGAU